AUGGGGAAACCACGGAUGAUCAUUCUGGUCCGUCAUGCCCAAUCCGAGGGCAACAAGAACCGCGAUAUCCAUCAAACUACCCCCGAUCACCGAGUGAAACUCACGCCCGAGGGACACCGCCAGGCUCAGGAGGCUGGACGCCGGUUGCGUGACCUCCUACGCCCCGAUGAUACUCUGCACUUCUUUUCGUCUCCAUAUCGCCGGACGAGAGAGACCGCUGAGGGCAUGCUCAACUCCUUGACCUCGGACUCGCCUGCCCCGUCUCCGUUUCCGAGGCAUGCAAUCAAGGUGUACGAGGAGCCCCGGCUUCGAGAGCAAGACUUUGGCAACUUCCAACCAUGUUCCACUGAAAUGGAAAGGAUGUGGAUGGAACGAGCAGACUACGGUCACUUCUUCUACCGCAUUCCCAACGGCGAGUCUGCAGCAGAUGCUUAUGACAGAGUGAGCGGCUUCAACGAGUCUCUGUGGCGACUUUUUGGUGAAGAGGACAUGGCUAGUGUUGCCGUCCUUGUAACCCACGGUCUAAUGACCCGAGUGUUUCUAAUGAAGUGGUACCACUGGAGCGUGGAAUACUUUGAAGACCUGCGCAACAUCAACCACUGCGAGUUUGUGAUCAUGACCCUCAACCAAGACAACGGCAAAUAUACACUUCAGAACAAGCUACGCACGUGGUCCGACCUGAAAAAGGAGAGAGAUGCUGAGAAAGAACGCGAACACGCUACAAAGGGUUUGGAGCCUGCUCCAAAACCCUCUACAGACCAUAUCCCCAUCCGUCGGAAAUGGGGUGGCUGCCCUGAUGGAUGUACUCAUAACUUGACUGGUGACGCUAAGCGAUCUCUACGAGCGAGAGUAGUAGACUCGCUGCGUCAAAAGUCAGUAGAUGAGAACGCGCCCGAUCAUCCAUCGCCUCUCAAGCACGCCUCGACUCAGUCUGACACCUUUGACGGAUCGUUCACAUUUCCAAAUAACAGUGCACCCGAAAAAGGGUCCUCUGCAUCCAACAAUCGACUCCCGGUAGACGACGAGGAAGCUGCUAGAGAACGGGCCAUUCGCGAGUCUAGCUCCGAGAACCGAUCUGACAACCACCCAAGACGGCCUCCCCUAGGCAUGCACCGAGAUAGCGAAGACCACCUUCUGCACCCACCGUCUACAUCAUCGUCCAAUAAUAUCUUCAAACUAGCGCUCCUGCAUCUCGGCGGGCGCGACGGAGGCGGCUCCAUGAGCGGCGCGAACAGCCGCGCACCAUCCGACGACGAAGGCGAUGAAGGCGACGACCAUGACUACCAUGCCUCCCAGUCUUCCCAAUCAACCGCCGUCAAACAUUCACCAGUCUCGCCAGUCUCGCGCCUUAUUCCGCCGUCCCAGGACCUUGAAGAUGACGGCGACGACGAGUUAAGCGCGAAAGAUACGAAACGUUCACGCGCACACCACCAUCACCAUCAUCACCAUCACCACCCGAUUCAUUCGCAUACCCACCACCGGAAUUCCUCAUCGACCUCGCAGCCUCCGCACAGAAUGGCCAACAUCCUCGGUGACGGUGAUGACAUGUCUACACGAUCCGGCGCCGUGACACCCGAGCUGCCAGAGACGCACGGCUAUCAGCAGGAAGAGAAUAGAUCUCUGGAGGCGCAGCAGGAGAAGGACCAGAGUAUUCGCGGUAGCGUGUAUUGA